AUAAUUGGCUAAAGUUAACAUUUCAUUUUAGGUAUAUCCAAUGAAGUACAUACUUGUAACCGGCGGUGUGAUUAGUGGCAUUGGAAAGGGCGUUAUUGCAAGUAGUAUUGGUAAAGUUUUAAAAAGUAAUGGUUAUGAGGUCACAGCCAUAAAAAUUGAUCCAUAUAUUAAUAUUGAUGCUGGAACAUUUUCACCUUACGAACAUGGUGAAGUCUUCGUUCUAGAUGAUGGUGGUGAAGUAGAUCUUGAUUUAGGAAAUUAUGAAAGAUUUAUGGAUAUAAAAUUGCACAAAGAAAACAAUAUUACUACUGGAAAGAUUUAUCAAGAAGUUAUAAACAAAGAAAGGAAAGGAGAGUUUUUAGGAAAAACUGUCCAGAAAUUUUUAUAAUUCUAAGACUCACUAUUAGCCUGUAUCUGGUGAUAUACUACCAACACCACCACUUUGCUGUCCAACUGAUAUUGCUGCAACCUUAUAAACUGAGGGUGAGGAUGGCUUUUUAAUAUCAGUAUCAUCUUGAAACGAAUUUGAGU